AUGCUCGACGUCACGAUCGUGGACCAGAGCGACGAGCAGCACGAGUCGUUUGAGUCCAUGCGUAUCCCGGUCGACUCGAUCGGGCUUGAUGAGCAUCAAGGCCGAGCGUAUUCGAGGCGGACCACUCGGCACUCGGUGCUCAAGUGUUAUCACGACGACGAGAUUAUGCGCACAGCCAUUGACUCGCACGACGAGAACACGACGACGCCUGGGGCGUCUGUGAAGUGCAACCACCUGUGCGGUGCACCGGACGCCCCCGAUCCGUUGGUGUGCGGCGCUAUGCAUCAAAAGGCGUACGGGUACACUGGCUACGACUACAGCCCCCAGCACUGGUGCAACUUUGUUAAAGACGCGCUCUUUCCUGUGUGGAAGUGUCUGGAGGAUGCGGACGCGACAUUGGGGCCGUGGGCGAACUCUUCCAUGUCUCUUGAUUCAAACGGCGAACUCCAGUGUUGGUCCAACGAUGGAAGGGAAUGCUACGUGGCCCCCGAAGGCUGCAAAGCCACCAUCACGUCCGGAGCUAAGCCACUGUCCAAGAUGGUGUGUGGGUGUGACAUUAUGUCCAAGUUUGGCAACACGAGGUACGACCAAGGCCCCCGGAGCUUUUGCAACUUUGCGCAAAAAGCGCUCAACGCCAGCCCCCCCAACCUCCCCUGCACCCCUCCUUCCACAGUCUGUACCUUCAAAGACGGCGACGUGAUUGGGCUGCAAGCCGACACAGGCGAAUUUGUCGGCCGAUGCAACGGCUGCCUGAGGAAGCCGAGGACGACCUGGGACGUGAUUCUGCUGGGUCCUCUGAGCUAUUCGACCAAGUGGACAGUCCGCAACAUCCCCCACACUGGAAGAAUCACUCUUGUGCUGGACACAGGGGCGUAUUUGGGUCGCUGCCACGGAUGUGCCGGAGGGGCCACCCUUCCGGACCAAGCGUUUGCCGUGCCCCCCUCUGGGGUAAACUACCUCGUCGACCCCAACGUCCAGUGGACAAGUGAGGAAGCUGGGCCCGACAACCGAAUUGCGCUCAAGGGCGAUAUGGGCACGUACUUAAGUCGAUGCCACGGCUGUGUGCCCAUCAUUGGCGGGGUCCCAGACGCCAUGUUCAUGCACGCGAGAGACUAG